UGACGGUUCUGGAUUUGGAUUUGAAGGUAUGAGGAUGUGACGGCUGUCGGUCGGACGAACACCAGCGGCGUCUGUCGGCGUCUGCGGACGAAGAAACAAAGUGUCUUUGAUCUCGCGUGGAGCUGAACAGCAGGAAGCCAUGAUGACACCAGGAGGCCUUGCGAACACUCUGGAGGAUUUAACAGCAGAUGAAUUUGAGAAAUUCAGAUGGUAUCUGAACCAGGAAGACGUGCUGGAAGGCCACCAACCCAUCAAAUGGUCCAAGCUGGAGAGGGCAGACAUGUUUCAAACCGCGAAGCAGAUGGUGAACACCUAUAAAAUGGAUGGAGCUCUGACGGUGACCAAGACGGUUUUAGAGAAGAUACCCAGAAACGACCUGGUGCAGAGACUACCGGACACCAGCUCAGGACCAGGAGGACAGACUCCAGACAACAGAGGACCUUCCUCCUCUCAGACUGAAGAUGAUAUUGUUCCAGUACCAGAGCCACGACCCAUCUCAGAUUACCAAAAAAUACUUAAGUCACACCUUCAGGACAAGUUCAUCUGUACACAAGAGGGGUGGGGAGAGACUAAGGAACGUCUGGAUGACAUCUACACAGAGCUGUACAUCACCACCAGCCGUGACACACACAUCGAUAAACAGCAUGAGGUCAGACAGAUUGAGGUGGUGAGGAAACCAACAGAAACAGAUGAACCAAUUAAACCCAGAGACAUGUUCAAACCCCCCUCUGGAAAAUAUAAACCCAUAAGAACAGUCCUGACCAAUGGAAUUGCAGGAAUUGGCAAAACAUUUCUUGUGCGCAAGUUUGUGUUGGACUGGGCUGAAGGAAGAGCCAAUCAAGAUGUGCACCUCAUGUUCCCCUUCACCUUCCGCCAGCUGAAUUUAUGGAAGGGCGAAGAGUUAUGUUUGGCAAAGCUAAUUCAUAAGUGUAUCAGAGAGACCAAAGACAUCAAGGUAGAAGCUCUGAAUCACAUCUUCAACACUCUGCAGUCCUCAGCAAACACAAACUAUGACAAAAGUAAAUUCAAACUUCUGUUUGUCUUGGAUGGACUGGAUGAGAGCCGACUUCACCUGGACUGCUCUGAGAGUAAAAACCAGGACACAGACUUUGAUGUCACAGAGUCCACCUCAGUGGAUGUGCUGCUGACAAACCUCAUCAACAGGAACCUGCUUCCAUCUGCGCGCCUCUGGAUAACCACACGACCUGCAGCAGCCAAUCAGAUCCCUCCUGAGUGUGUUGACGUGGUGACAGAGGUCAGAGGGUUCACUGACCCACAGAAGGAGGAGUACUUCAGGAAGAGAUCCAGAGAUGAGGAGCAGGCCAGCAGAAUCAUCUCCCACAUCAAGACAUCACGAAGCGUCCACAUCAUGUGCCACAUCCCAGUCUUCUGCUGGAUCACUGCUACAGUUCUGGAGGAUGUGUUGAAGACCAGAGAGGGAGGAGAGCUGCCCAAGACCCUGACUGAGAUGUACGCAGAAUUCCUGAGGUUUCAGAUUCAUCAAACGAAAGACAAAUACAAACAAAAAAAGGGCAUUCAGUACAUCAAGUCAUUAGCACAACUGGCUUACCAGCAACUGGAAAAGGGCAACCUGAUCUUCUAUGGGAAAGACCUUAAAGAGAGUGGAACUGAUGUCAGAGGAGCCUCGGUGUGCUCAGGAGUGUUCACAGAGAUCUUUAAAGAGGAACGCGGGAAGAAGAAUGAAGACAAAAUGUUUAGCUUCGUCCAUCUGAGUGUUCAGGAGUUUCUGGCUGCUCUUCAUGUCCAUCAGACAUUCAUCAACUCUGGUGUCAACCUGCUGGCAGAAGAACAAGCAAAGUGGUUUAAACUAUUAUUGCCUGCAAUAUUUAAAAACAAACCAGAACCAGCUCUCCUGUACCAGAGUGCUGUGGACAAGGCCUUGCAGAGUCCAAAUGGACACCUGGACUUGUUCCUCCGCUUCCUUCUGGGUCUUUCACUGCAGACCAAUCAGACUCUCCUACGAGGUCUGAUGAAACACACAAGAUGUAGUUCUCAAACCAGUCAGGAAACAGUCGAAUACAUCAGGAUGAAGCUCAGUGAGAAUCUGUCUCCAGAGAGAAGCAUCAAUCUGUUCCACUGUCUGAAUGAACUGAAUGAUCGUUCUCUGGUGGAGGAGAUCCAACAGUCCCUGAGUUCAGGAAGUCUCUCCACAGAUAAACUGUCUCCUGCUCAGUGGUCAGCUCUGGUCUUCAUCUUACUGUCAUCAGAAGAAGAUCUGGACGUGUUUGACCUGAAGAAAUACUCUGCUUCAGAGGAGGCUCUUCUGAGGCUGCUGCCAGUGGUCAAAGCCUCCAACAAAGCUCUACUGAGUGGCUGUAACCUGUCAGAGAGAAGCUGUGAAGCUCUGUCCUCAGUUCUCAGCUCCCAGUCCUCUAGUCUGAGAGAGCUGGACCUGAGUAACAACCACCUGAAGGAUUCAGGAGUGGAGCUGCUGUCUGCUGGACUGAAGAGUCCAACCUGUAAACUGGAGGCUGUCAGACUGAGUGACUGUAAGCUGUCAGAGAGAAGCUGUGAAGCUCUGUCCUCAGUUCUCAGCUCCCAGUCCUCUAGUCUGAGAGAUCUGGACCUGAGUAACAACGACCUGCAGGAUUCAGGAGCGAAGCUGCUGUCUGCUGGACUGAAGAGUCCAAACUGUCAGCUGGAGACUGUCAGGUUGUCAGGCUGUAUGAUCACACAGGAAGGCUGUACUUCUCUGGCCUCAGCUCUGAGAUCCAACCCCUCCCAUCUGAGAGAGCUGGACCUGAGCUACAAUCAUCCAGGAGACUCAGGAGUGAGGCUGCUGUCUGCUGGACUGGAGGAUCCACACUGGAGACUGGACACUCUCAGGGUGGAACAUGGUGGAGAGCAGAGGCUGAAACCUGGUCUGAGGAAGUGGGCCUGUGAACUCACAGUGGACACAAACACAGUAAACAGAUUCCUCAAACUGUCUGACAACAACAGGAAGGUGACAGCAGUGAGAGAGAAGCAGCCUCAUCCUGAUCAUCCAGAGAGGUUUGACUGCUGGCCUCAGCUGCUGUGUAGAACUGGACUGACUGGUUGCUGCUACUGGGAGGUCGAGUGGAGUGGAGAAGCUGAGAUAUCAGUGACUUACAGAGGAAUCAGAAGGAAAGGAGACACUGCUGACUAUUUGUUUGGAGGGAAUAAUCAGUCCUGGAGUCUGAGCUGCUCUGAUGGUGGUUUCUCUGUCAGGCACAAUAACAGAAGAACAGACCUCCUGUCCUCCUCCUCCUCCUCCUCCUCCUCUGUCUCUCACAGAGUUGCAGUGUAUGUGGACUGUCCUGCUGGCACUCUGUCCUUCUACAGAGUCUCCUCUGACACACUGAUCCACCUCCACACCUUCAACACCACAUUCACUGAACCUCUUUAUGCUGGAUUCUGGCUCUGGUCAUCAGGUUCCUCAGUGUCUCUGAGUUCAGUGUAGGAGGGAGAGUCUCCUCCUGUUAGAGGAACACACACACACACACACACACACACACACACACACGGGUGUUGAUUAUCAGUGAGCAGAGAUAAAGUCUUAUCAUCUCUCUGUUGGGAAACCACUUGGUUUAUUAUCAUCAACAUGUGCAGAAUCUCAGGGUCUGAAAACUCAGUUUGACUCAGUUUGAAUGUUAAGUUGCAUCACACGUGAUGUUGUGUGGUCUGUGAGGCUGCGGUCCCAUGAAGAGUUGGCAUUUCAUCCAAACUGUUGGCUUCAUCACGAGGGGAGCACGAAGGUCUGGACUGGACCAGAUUUACUGUCAGUCUGGACCUGGACCGUCCCUGAAGCUGUGCCUCUGACUGAUGAGAAAUGAAGAAACAGCUGCCAUACUUAUUGUCGAGUGUUUUUUCAGGGCAAGCUUUCCCACACUUGAAACAGGAAGGUCCUUUCAACCCCUGAAAACCAGACUCUGGACUUCACUCAGUUCACUUAACUUCACUUUAUUUUAGAAGAAUUGGUCACAGGUGAAAAUCCUUUAGAAACACAGAAAACACACGAUUCAGCAGUAGCUUCAAAGCAAAUGUAACUCAAUCAAACCAAUAAUUAUUUGCAUUUUAAAUUUCUUCAGUAUUAGAUAUUAUGAUUCACACAUUUUAACAGUUUUUCCUUUUCUUUUUUCAUUUCACCAUUUUACCAGUUUUUACGUUUUUACUUGAUUACAAUUUUACUCAAAUAAAGUCGUGACUUGCCUUCUGCUAUCCAUGAAAUUCAACCCCCCACAGCAUCGACGCGUCUUGCCACCAGCUAAUGAAUGCUAAACAUAACUGACGCUAAACCAAACAACUAAAGGACGAGCUGAAGCUAACCUGCUAGCUAACAGCCGUCUGAAAUCGCUAACUAACCCUCUAAAUACUGUAAAUACAAAACUAACUAUAAAAUUAACACCAAAGUAUCUAUGCUAACGUUACCAUGAAACAAGUCAGUCACAAUAUUAAACCCACGUAAUCCACUCAAACUGCUCUCAGCGGUCACCUCAGUACAGGCGGAGGCAGGGGUGGUGUUGGUGACGUAGGCUGCCUCCAAAACGUCACCUGCCUCCAGCUCAGCCACUCACAGAAUUCAGUUGUAAUAGCAGGUUUCACCCUGUAGAGGGCAGUCGCUACGCACAUUCAUAACAAACAGAAAAUUCAAAUACUUUACACUAAAAUGUCAAGAUUUGGACCGGAAUCAAUGAGUGACAUGACUAAAUAUCUAUUUAGAUUGAUUUUCAGCAGAAAAAAGUGGUUUAGGGGUUUAGUUACCCUUUAAACAUUUUUGUUUAAAGGUGCUCAGGAACUUGCAGGAACUACACCUGCACCACUGAGAGCAUCUUGAGU